CAGCGUGAAAAUUUGAGCCAUACAUAUAAAUCUAUAGAUGGAUACAAUGUUUAGCGCUGAAUCCAGGAUACUCUGCAACCGUUCUUCUGUGGGUAAGAGCAUGGAGGCAUGAAUUUGUCAAUGGCAACGCACCCGAUUCCCCCAGUAGAUAAUGUGGGAAAAUAUCAAGUUGCGGUAAAUAGCAGAGUAUUUUAACAAAAACUUCUGAUUUCCUAAACUCAGCGAUGCCUUUUUUAGUAAAUUCACACGCAACUAUGCAAACUUUUAUUUGACGAGAAAUUAGCGGUAAGCAUUGCUAAGGCCCGGCGUCUAAAGCUGUUGCGUUUUCUUCUUGUGACCUUCCUCUCUUUAACUUGGAUGACCUUAUCUUGUUCUCUUCUUUUUAUACUGCUCCUACAACCUUCCUUUCUUUCCCUUGUACUUUUUGUUAGGUUCGUGCCAGAAAGGGGUCUUGACUCGCGUGGUUUCCCUUCUUCGUAGAGGCAGGGAUGCGGGUUUCCAUUCAACCGACACGGCAUCUUUGUCCGUGUUCUCGUACUCGCAUAGAUGACGUAUAUAUGCCAAAGCAACAACACGCAGCGGGCACGCCUUCCGAAAGAGUCAAAUAGAAUUUAUGGCGAGAAUUCUUUACCGCAGUGUGUGUGCCUGCUACCACCUUAGCGUGUUUCCAUUGCGUUAAUUUUGAGUUUGGAGGCUACUGUGCCGCCUGUCGUGUGCCACGUUGGUGUGGCAACAGCUUCGGAUGCUUUGGGAGCGGCUCGUAACCCCGACACAACGGGGUUACGCGGGUUCGUCGUGGAGGUGUGCCUUGAUCCUUGCUAAGACGCACAGCAACGGCAAAGAGUAAACAUAUUCACUGGGGGAUGGCGCAGAAAAUUAGGAGGGAUGCUCUACUCGGGCCUCCUAUGGGAGGUGGCGUCUCGUGGUUAUGAGAUGGUCGGAGGCAUGUUGCGGUGGAGCAGGGGACAGGGCACGUCGUGACAUUUUUUCUCUGCUAUUUGUAGCACGUGGCAGCGUUAUCCUUUUCAACGCUUGCAAUGAUAUCGUUGUAUUUCCCAGCUGUGCUUCCUCAAGCACACGCCUUUCUAAGACGCUGUGUAUUGGGUCAGAUUUCCUGGUUUGAUAUUCUUGUUUUUUUCCUUCCACCAGCUUUUUUCGCCUACUCAAUUUAGCUACUAAAAAAUAUUCCAAUCUAAUUCUUUCUUUACAAUCAACCACAAUGACAAUUCAGAAGGUUCACGCGCGUGAGAUCCUGGACUCUCGUGGUAACCCCACGGUGGAGGUUGAGGUCACGACCGACAAGGGUGUGUUCCGCUCAGCGGUGCCCUCUGGUGCUUCGACUGGCGUCCACGAGGCCUGCGAGAUGCGCGACGAGGAUAAGGGCCGGUACUGCGGCAAAGGCUGCCUGAAGGCCGUCAAGAACGUGAACGAGGUGCUGGGCCCCGCGCUGGUCGGCAAGGACGAGACGCAGCAGGAGGUGCUGGACAAGCUGAUGUGCGACCUGGACGGGACCAAGAACAAGAGCAAGCUGGGCGCCAAUGCCAUCCUUGGAUGCUCCAUGGCUAUCAGCAAGGCCGCCGCGGCGCGCCUGGGUCUCCCGCUGUAUCAGUAUAUUGCGAAAAUCGCUGGGACAAAGGAGAUUCGCCUGCCUGUGCCGUGCUUCAAUGUGAUCAACGGUGGCAAGCACGCCGGGAACGUGCUCCCGUUCCAGGAGUUCAUGAUUGCGCCUGUGAAGGCCAAGUCGUUCCGUGAGGGUCUGCAAAUGGGUGCGGAGGUCUACCACGCGCUGAAGUCCAUCCUGAAGAAGAAGUACGGCCAGGAUGCCGUUAACGUUGGUGAUGAGGGUGGCUUCGCACCCCCGAUUGCACACAUUGAUGAGCCGCUGCCGAUCCUGAUGGAGGCCAUCGAGAAGGCCGGCCACAAGGACAGGUUUGCGAUCUGCAUGGAUUGCGCCGCCAGCGAGGCCUACGACGCGGACAAGAAGCAGUACAACAUGACAUUCAAGAGCGCCGAGCCGACGUACGUGUCUGGCGAGGGUCUCCUGAAGACGUACGAGAAGUGGGCAACCAACUACCCCAUCAAGUCGAUCGAGGAUCCUUUCAGCGAGGACAACUUCGACGAGUUCGCGGCCAUCACGAAGGCGUUGGAGGGCAAGGUGCAGAUUGUGGGCGACGACCUGACCGUGACAAAUGUGGAGCGCGUCAAGAUGGCCAUUGAGAAGAAGGCCUGCAACUCGCUGCUGCUGAAGGUAAACCAAAUUGGCACCGUGUCGGAGUCGAUUGCGGCUGCGCGUCUGUGCAUGGAUAACGGAUGGUCUGUGAUGGUGUCUCACCGCAGUGGCGAGACGGAGGACACAUACAUCGCUGACCUCUCUGUGGGUCUGGGGACUGGUCAGAUCAAGACCGGCGCACCCUGCCGCAGUGAGCGCACGGCCAAGAUGAACCAGCUGCUCCGCAUUGAGGAGGAGCUCGGUGCCUCCUCGAAGUACGGCUUCCCUGCCUGGGCUUAGACGGUCUGAAGUGGAUCAUGCAGAGGAGAAUCAAUGGAUACCUCUGAGCCUAAAUAUAAUUAUAAACUAUUAGCUAGGCAUCACGCUACUUCAUCGGAGAAAUACCACGUCUGUAGCGCACUGAUAUCCUCUCAAUCUUUUGGUGUAGAUUAGAAUCUUUUUCUUUAAUGUACUUCCAAAAGACCAUACAUACACAGUUGAACCAAGCGGGUGAAAGGUGUGAGACCGCUGAGUGGGAGGUAGCUCUUUGAGCAAAUUGGAUGAGCCUAGCACGUAUUGAUUUUAAUUUUAAAGCUUAAUAAGGAAAAGUAUGAAGAACAAUAAACACACAAGUUCUGGGAAAAAAGUUAUAACUUCUGUCGACGUUUUGUCAAUUUAUAUAUAAAAUAAAGUAUUACCCCCAAAAGCGAAAAUUACCAAAUAUGUUUUUUAUUAUUAUUAUUCCUCAUAUCAGUUCCGAUUACGGUCUGAGGGGCUCAAGUAUAAUGGUUAUUCGGGCAAAUAAGUAUU